CAGACUGAAAUGCAUGUAGAGGUGCAUGGGCUGCUGAAUUUCAGAUGAUCCCCUUUCAUUUUGUCUCUUAUGGACAAGAUGAAUGACUCUCUGGGCUGUGUGCUGAUUUCAGGAACCAAGAAGAGGCUUCUAAACAAGGAAAAGGAAGAUGAUGUAUGCUCAGAUCCUUGCCCUGGCAGUGGCUGUGGUGCAGUACAGAGCUGUAGCUGUUCAUGAAGCAUGCAGGACGGCAGAGCUGGCUGACAUUUUAUUCCUUGUGGGACAGUCACAGGGCUCAGGAAGAGAGAGAUCUCAAUUGGUCAACAACUUCAUCAGCAGCAUUGUCCGUUCCUUUGAGCAUGUGGUGAUAGGCAAAGGAGGCAUCCGGCUGGCCGUGGCACUCUAUGGGAAGACACCAAGCAUGAGUAUUGAGCUCACAGAUUAUGUGACUAUUGAAGAAAUGUUGGUGGCAAUUCAGGAUCUCUCCUUCAAAGGCAGCAUCUUACAAACAGGGUUAGCCCUGGCAUUUGCAGCGCACUCCAUGACUCAUCUGGACACACUGCGAGAGGAUGCAGCAAAGGUAGUUGUUUUGAUCACAGAUGGGAAAUCCAACGACUCAGUUGAAGAUGAAGCCCAGGUCCUGCAGGAUAGGGGGGUGACAGUGUUUGCUGUAGGAAUUAAGGAUGCUGACAAGAAUGAACUGAACAAAAUAGCUUCAGAGCCCACUGCAGAGCAUGUGCUUUAUGUUGAAGAUUUCCACCUGCUCCAUAAUGUAGCCUCCAAGCUCUCUCGAAGGCUCUGCUUCACUGCCUCGGAGCCACCACAGCCCACCAAACAGACUGGGCAAGCUGAGAAGAUCAUCAGGCCCUGGGAUUUGUAUGUCAGUGAGCAAAGCCACAGCUCACUGCGACUCACAUGGAUGCCAGCUACAGGAAAGGUGACAGGCUACCAUGUCUACCUCCAUCCUUUGCUGCCAUCAGGGCAGCCCCUUUCAGAGGAGCAGCGGCAGAUUGUGAUAGAUGGUGACAAAAAUACCGUGCUGGUGACUGAUCUGAAACCCAACACCAACUAUGUCUUCACAGUGAGGGCUGUCUAUGCAGAUGCCCUUGGGGAGUCAGCAGCUGUCAAGGGGAAAACAACCCCUGUGCCUCCAGUCACUAAUUUCCGUGUGAUAGAAGAAGGACUUUUUAGCUUGAAGGUGGCUUGGACACCUCCGCUGGGCAAGCUGGAGGGCUACAAGGUCUACAUCCCCAGAGCCAACAGACGAGGAAUGGCCUACGAGCAGGUUCUACAAGGUGAUGUCUCUUCCCAUGUGCUGUAUAACUUGCAGGAGGACAGAGAAUACAGCAUUAGCAUCUAUGCAGUGUACCCUCAGGGGCCAAGCCAGCCUGUGGCUGCUGUGGGGAGAACAUUGAAGCUCCUGCCUGUGAAAAGCAUCUUGCUGCAGAACCAAACCACCGACACGCUCCAGGCAAGGUGGAGCCCUGUCCGGGGAGCAACAGGCUACAGACUCACUUGGACAUCAGCAGAGGGCAGCAUCCAGGAUGUGAACCUCAGCAAUAGCUACCGCUACUACGUGAUCCAGGGGCUGCAGCCUGGCAUGGAGUACACUGUCACCGUCAACCCUGUCUUUGGGGAUGUUGAGGGGCCAGUGGUAAGCGGGAAAGCAACAACAGUGGCAUCAAGCACUGUCCAGAUGCUGAAAGUGAGUGAGAUAUCCAUCAACAGUGUUCUGGUCUCCUGGGACUCAGUUGCUGGAGCCACAGGAUACCGAGUGGCUUGGGGUCCUACACCAGAGUUCUUUGGCAGAGACCAUCCUCAUCAGCUGGCCCUCAACAGGUCAGUCACAGCCUACCAGCUCCACAACCUGGCCCACGACACUGAGUACGUGAUUUCCCUCUAUGUGCUCUUUGGCUCGCUGGAGGGACCAGGGAUCACCACCUCAGCCAGGACACUUCCUCUUGGCUAUGUCUCCAAUUUCAAAGUGAUGUCCUACACCAGCACAAGCUUGUCUCUGAUGUGGAGUGCCAUGGCAGCUGCCACCAAAUUCAAAGUCACCUGGAGCCCUGUGAGAGCAGGCAAAGACAAACAGAUUGCCAAGACUCAGUACCUGGGCAGUAGAGUGUUGGCUUACAGGAUUGACCACUUGCUGCCCAACACUCUGUACAAAGUCAGCAUUCAGGCUGUCUUCAGCAAGACUGAGGGGCCAGAGGUGACUCUAACUCACCGCACAGUGGAUUUACCCAAAGUGGCUGAGUUCACAGUGCAGGAGGCUGCAGAGACCAGUGCUUUGCUCACUUGGACAGCUGCUCCCGGAGCAUCCACAUACCUACUAAAAUGGCGCUUGUCCUCAGCUUCUGAUCUUUCCCAGGAACUGUUACCAGCAGCUUCUAGAUCGUAUCGAGUGACAGGACUGAGCCCCAAAGAAAUGUAUUUGUUUUCUAUAAGAGCAGUCUUUGGAGAUACGGAGGGACCAGAGACAACAAUCUUUGGGCACACAGCAGGACCACACAGAGAUUCACCAGUGCCAAUCACUCCAGUGGUUUCUAUAGAAUUGGAUACGAUGGGAUCCCCACCGAUAUCUCCUAGCAAUGUGGAAACCACUCACCUUCAGCUAGCCACCACCACAGCAUUACCAUCAACUCCAGAGACUCCACUAUCAACCACUGCAGCAUCUACAUUGCUGACCACUCUCCCUGGACCAAUCUGUGGCAAGUUCAAAGCAGACGUGGGGUUCCUGGUGGAUAAGUCCUCAAGUACUGGCCAGAGUAAUUUCAACAAAGUGAAGGAUUUCCUCUUCCGGAUUGUUUCCUAUUUUCCGAAGAUUGGACCUGAAGGGAUGCAGGUUGCUGUUGCUCAGUACGGUGAGGAGCCCAGGGCGGCUUUUUACUUCAACCAGUACCGUGACCGCAACAGCGCCCUGAAAGCCAUCAAGGGUCUGCGCUAUGCUGGAGGCAACACAAAACCAGGUCGUGGUAUAAGCUACGUGCUGAAGGAGUUAUUCCAGACCUCCAGAGGGAUGAGAGCAAAUUUCUCUCACAUGGUGGUGCUUGUGACUGAUGGGCAAUCCCAGGAUGAUGUGUUGCUACCAGCCAGAGUAGCCCAUGCUUUAGGGAUCCGUGUCAUUGCUGUGGUUGUCUCAGGAGCUGACCCCGCUGAGCUCAACAGCAUUUUGCUGCAGCAGAACCUCCAGGACGUUUUCUAUGUCAGCACGUUCGAUGACUUUCCUCAGAUCCUCCAAGAGCUGAUUGAAGUCAUUUGUUCUGACCUUCAGCCUUCACAGGCUGAGCUACCAUCUAGGGAGGUUGCCAGACAUGAAGCCAACCAGCAAGAGCCAUUUGAUGACACAGAGAACAAGCCAUAUGUCCCUGAUGCUUCAUCAGCUGAACAACAUAUCAGAAAAGAAAAGGAGACUUGUGGACCUUGGUGUUUAAAGACCUUCAGGGGCUCACCAGCUCACAGAGGUUAUGACCCACACAGCUUCACUACAAAGGGAGAGAAAGGAGAGCGGGGCCUGCCUGGGAAGGAUGGCGUUCCUGGGCUGCCAGGCAGACGAGGACAGGCAGGUCCUCCUGGCGCCCCUGGACUCAUGGGUCUCCCUGGCAUCCAAGGUGAUAUUGGACCUCCUGGCUAUCCAGGACCAGCUGGGCCAAAAGGAGACAGAGGCGAACCAGGCUAUGUCCUGGGAGGAGUGGAGGUGAUUCCUGGCAGAAACGGUCAGCCUGGCACUCCUGGAGAGAAAGGGCAGCCAGGAGCUCCUGGAGUAGCAGGACCACCAGGUUUACCAGGACCACCGGGACCACCAGGAAUCUCCAUCAAGGGUGAGCCAGGGGAUUCAGGUAUCAGGGGCCCUCGUGGGAGGAGUGGCCUCAAGGGUGACAGAGGAGGCAUGGGAGAGCCGGGGAAACCUGGCUUGCCAGGCCCUGCAGGGCUAGAUGGUAUUCCUGGACUGCCUGGACCAAGAGGAGAAAAGGGACUCCCAGGACCUCCAGGGCAGAAGGGAGACCAAGGGGACCCAGGAUUUCCAGGUGCUCCAGCUAUGGGCGUUUUGGGACCUCCAGGAAAGAAAGGUGUCAGGGGAGAUACUGGGCCAACUGGUGCCCUGGGACCACAAGGAGACAAAGGAAUACAAGGAGAAAAAGGAGAGAAGGGGAAUCCAGGUUUUGGCAUUCCUGGUCAGCCUGGGCUGAAGGGAGAUCAUGGUGACAGGGGAAAUGUAGGCUUGUCUGGAAAACCAGGUCAGAAGGGGGACAUAGGUCUGAAGGGAGAGAAAGGUGAACCAGGAACACCUGGGAAACCAGGCGAGUCCGGACUAAGAGGUAAAGAUGGAGAACCAGGGAAGAAAGGCACCUCUGCGACCAAGGGAGAAGAUGGUGUUCCUGGAGUACCAGGAGAGAGAGGAAUCAGGGGUCCACAUGGACUCCCAGGAUGGCCUGGAGAGCAAGGGAUAAAAGGCAAUACAGGACAGCCUGGAAAGGACGGACAUCAUGGGAUGGAUGGCUUGAAAGGUGAAAGAGGUCCUCCAGGCCCAAAGGGAGAACCUGGUCCACCAGGCAAAGGAGUGGAAAUGAAGGAUCUGGAGGGGUUUUUUGAAGCAAAUGGUAUCAAGGAUUCACUGGUGUUUGUUACUGCUCAUGAUGGCCUGGCGAGCACUGAGUUGACAGAAGAAGCAGAGAGCCUGGAGCUGGAGGCUCAGUUUCGGGUGACAGUGUCUGGAGGACUCCUUAAGGGUCCAUCUUCUGGUGGUUCUGAACCUGAGUCCCAGUCCCUAGGAAACCCUUCUGGGUCCUUGGAGAAAACAUCUGAGGAAAGAAGGCAGGCGAUAGACUCCAGGGGGACAAACGCUUCUCUCAGCAGCGGCUUGUCUGUGCUCCCACUACACCCAGAAGAUGAUCUACAAAGAAACCAGUCCAUGGAGCUUCUUGAGUCCGUGGAGGAGAGAGUGAAAGGACCACCAAACCAGGACACUAUCCACGAAAAUAUGAAUUCAGCUGAUGGCUCUGCACUCCCAACACAAGUUAGAGCAAGGAGAUCAUCUGAGCACAAGAAACACAUGGUUCAUCUCCCUGGUGCCCCAGGAGCAAGGAAAUCACUGUCUGGAUCCACAUGUCCCUUCCAACCCCAGUCAUUCUGUGAUUAUCAGACUGUUGUUUUCCAGGGAGAAAUAGGAGCUCUGGGAAUCCGUGGAGACAAAGGAGAAAAGGGACAGCCUGGAGAGACAGGAGAACCUGGAGAGAAGGGCACCAAAGGAGACAGAGGUGAAAACGGUCAGAAGGGAGAACCAGGAGUUGGGUUAAGAGGUCCUGUUGGUCAGGCUGGGCCACCUGGACUUAAGGGUGAGCCAGGGGCCCCAGGACCUCCAGGAGCUGAGGGCAUCCAGGGCAUUCGUGGCAAUGCUGGAACCCCUGGGUCACAGGGGGACAGAGGGCCUCCAGGUCUGGCUGGGAUGCCAGGACAGAAGGGGGAGCGUGGGAAGAGAGGUCAGAAUGGAUUUCCUGGGCCCAGGGGACCACCAGGAUCCCCAGGAAAAGAGGGGAAUCCUGGGACACCUGGACCCAAAGGCAACAAGGGAGAAAUUGGUGUUGGAGCAGCUGGCCCAAGAGGUCCUCACGGACUGCCUGGCCCUCGGGGUGAUGAGGGCAUCGUGGGACUCCGGGGUCCCACUGGCAUGAUGGGUCUCAAAGGCUUCCCAGGUGUGAAAGGAGAAAGAGGCGAUCGAGGACUUCUGGGACCCAAGGGAGAAAGAGGUGAGCCAAUGACUAUUUUUGGACCCCAAGGUUAUAAAGGCAGUAAAGGAGAUCCUGGUGAACAGGGUCUGCCAGGUUUUGAUGGAGACAAAGGGGAGAAGGGAGAGGAUGGACCUAUAGGAGAAAAGGGAGCCAAAGGUGAAACUGGUUCCAAGGGAGUGAUGGGGCUUUUUGGAACAAGAGGACCCGUGGGACAGAAGGGGGACCCAGGAGAACCAGGUUUGCCAGGCUCUGCUGGUGCAGCAGGUCUCAAUGGAAAAGAUGGAAGCAAGGGGGUCAAGGGUGACAGAGGUCUUCAAGGGCAGAAGGGGAAGCCGGGACAAAAGGGUGACCUUGGGACCACUGGUGAUAUUGGGCAGAAAGGAGCAAAGGGCUUACGAGGGCUGCCAGGACACGUUGGCACAUCUGGAGCCAAAGGCAUCAAGGGAGAAAUUGGCAGUCCUGGAAAACCAGGGAUCCCAGGAUCAGAUGGAUCAGAUGGACCAAAGGGUGAGCAGGGAGCAUCAGGGGACAGUGGUGCCUCGGGAAUCCCUGGGGAGAAAGGAGAAAAGGGGGCCAAGGGAGUUCCUGGCUUGGGAGGCUUCAAAGGGAAAAUGGGAUGGCCUGGGAAGACUGGAGUUGCUGGACCAGAUGGACCUCAAGGGCCACAGGGUGAACCAGGGCCACAGGGUCCACAAGGGAAAAGAGGGAGAGCUCAGAUCUGUCUGAGAGGACCCCCAGGCAUGGAUGGGCAAAAAGGAGAAAUGGGUGAAAAUGGUCCAACUGGCCAGAAAGGAGAAAAAGGAGAUCCUGGUCUUUCUGAGGAAGAGGUGAAGGAGGUGGUCAGGAGCGAAAUGAGAGGCAGCUGCGGUCUGGAGGCAGCUGAAAUCAACAGGCAGCUCCAAGGGUAUUUUCAGCCUCAAGAACACAGCAGAAGUGGUGAUGAAAACCAGGAUGAAAUGCUCAACAAUACUCAGAGCAUGACCGCAUCGGUGACUUCAGUGAAGCCCUUCAAGGAGCAACCUUCACCUAUCACAGGUAAGUUCAGCUGCAUGCCAAGGAUGGGUGUCUCUCAGCGCAGGCGUCGAGAAGUCCACAGUCAAUUACCAGGUCCCUGCCUGCAGCCCAUGGAUGAGGGCUCCUGCCACCACUACACCCUGCUCUGGUACUAUCACCAAAAGGCCAACACCUGCAGACCCUUCAUCUUUGGGGGAUGCCAAGGGAACAGCAACCGCUUCAAAACCAAGUGGAAAUGUGAGUGGCGGUGCAAACCCUCAGCAGUCAGAAGAUGAUCAGCUGGAACUGCAUUAACUCAGAAGAGACAUAGAGAUGCAAAAAGCGUCUUCAGGACCCCCCAGAGACUGAGCAAACAAGACAAACCGUUUAAUGUGAAGAGGUUUGGAAAAAAAGGUGUUGGGAAACUGUAGUCAUGACCUGGAAAUAAAGUGGUAAGAGGAAAGGGAAGCAUCUGAUUGCUCAGGGAAGUGGAGAUGUCCAAAGGCUUGUGGCUGCACUACUUGACCCAUGGGAAUACUGUGCAGAAGCAAGUGGCACAUCCCCCUGAGUUUAUUUCUGUAAAAUAAAGAUGUGUGAA